CGCAGCACACAACAACCCCAAGUGAGAAUUCAUUCAUCAUGGGCUUCAUGCUGUCAAGCUAGCCGUUGUAUUUACGCGGGACGUGUGUAAUAAAUAGUAAGUGAACAGUAAUGCCAUUUGUAGAGCAUCGCCAGUAUCUGUAAAGCCGCAAUAUCUGCGGCUGGAUGAUUUCUAAGUUGAGCGACACUUUCCUGUGUGGUGUACUGGGAACUCACGUCUCGUGUUAUGGGAGAGACACGGAGGUCAGACGAACGGUGGACUGUCAACAAUAAUGUCCGAGUAAAACGAGACUGCUGCUGCUUGGCCAGCUGUAUGUUAAUCUUCUAGCACUGAUCAGCGUAAAAUUGAAUCAUGCCUGGGAAACUGAAGGCCAAAAUUGUGGCAGGGCGCCACUUGCCUGUGAUGGACAGAGCCAGUGACCUUACUGAUGCUUUCGUAGAGGUCAAGUUUGGAAACACAACCUUCAAAACGGAUGUCUGUCCCAAAUCCCUCAAUCCACAAUGGAACUCGGAGUGGUUCAAAUUUGAGGUCGAUGAUGAGGACUUGCAGGAUGAGCCAUUGCAGAUCACAGUAUUGGACCACGACACUUACAGUGCUAAUGAUGCCAUAGGGAAAGUUUACAUUGACAUUGAUCCACUGCUUUACAGUGAGGCUGCUUCUGUCAUCUCUGGCUGGUUUCCCAUCUAUGAUACCAUCCAUGGAAUUCGAGGGGAAAUAAACGUCAUUGUUAAAGUGGAACUCUUCAACGAUUUGAACCGUUUCAGACAGUCUUCAUGCGGGGUCAAGUUUUUCUGCACCACAUGUAUUCCACAGUGCUACAGGGCAACUUUGGUGCACGGCUUUGUUGAGGAACUCGUGGUAAAUGAAGAUCCAGAGUACCAGUGGAUUGACCGUAUCAGAACUCCCAGGGCCUCCAAUGAAGCGCGACAGAGGCUCAUCUCUCUCAUGUCUGGAGAACUACAGAGAAAAAUAGGGCUUAAAGUGCUGGAGAUGGGUGGGAAUGCAGUAGUGGGCUACUUGCAGUGUUUCGACCUGGAAGGAGAGUCGGGCCUGGUGGUCCGGGCCAUAGGUACCGCCUGCACGCUGGACAAACUCAGCUCUGGAAGUGCCCCUAACACCAACACACACAUGCACCCAAACACAGCUCCUGCUUCCAAUGCCUGCAAUUCCCCCUCUAAAGAUGGAAAGGAGCCGGUAUUUGUUGAGGAUCUGCCCUCGUCCUCCGGCCCGCCAACCCCUUUCAGAGCCCUUCCCACCUCCUCCUCUCCUCCCCCCUUCUCUCCCUCCAAGCCAUGCAGCCGCCAGUCCUCAUCAUCAGACACAGACCUCAGUUUGACGCCCAAGACGGAGGAGCCCCAUUCAGUGAGAUGCAGACCUGGGAUCUUCCUCUGCCCCAGCUCCCCCAUCCUUUCCACAGACACUCUGUCCCUUCCUGGUUCUGGCUCAGUGGGCUGUGGUCGUGGCUCUAAUCCCAGGGCAACCACCUCAGCCCCACUCUCCUCCAUCCAGUCAGACUCUGCCUUGCUGAGAAAGAGCGUGUCCUUCACUGAGGACCUGCUGCUGGCAGCCUCCGGAAUGGGCAGUGGAGGCAGCGCCGGGAAGGAGGCGGGACCUCUGAGGACCCUCCUCAGACAACAGACGCAGACAGCUCUUGAGCAGCGGGGAGCGUCUUCCUCUGGGUUAUUGUUAAACGCCAGGGAGUUCCCCUUCUUCACCUUGACGUCGUUCCCGCCUGGUUUUCUGCUGCAUGUUGGUGGAGUGGUCAGCGCUCGAUCUGUCAAAUUACUGGAUCGGAUACACAACCCCGCCUUGGGUAACACGCGCUCAUACAAACUGCUAGACUGGAAUAGUGUCACUGCAGAUGAGCCCGAGACUCGCGACGCCUGGUGGGAGGAGAUUCGCCAGGAGAUCAAAUCUCAUGCCAGAGCUCUCGGUUGCCAUGCGGUUGUAGGGUACAGUGAGAGCACAAGCAUCUGCGAGGAGGUGUGUAUUCUGUCCGCAUCUGGCACAGCAGCCAUCUUGAAUCCUCGGUACAUGCGUGAAGGCUGCCUGGACAUCGGCUGCACCGACCACAGGUUUGAGGAGCCAUCGCCACCGAACUGUGGCUUCUGUCACAUCCCGUACGAUGAGCUCAACAUGCCCUUCCCUGCACAGCUCACCUAUUGUUACCACUGUAGACGACAAAAGGUUCCUGAUGUGCUCUUCACAACAAUUGACCUGCCAUCAGAAGCAGCUGUUGCAGGAAAGGGCUGCCUUAUCCAGGCCAGGCUGUGCCGUCUAAAGAAGAAAGCCCAGGGAGAAGCGAAUGCAACGGCCAUCUCUAACCUGCUGCCUUUCAUGGAAUAUGAGCUACACACUCAGCUGAUGAAUAAGCUGAAACUGCGGAGCAUGAACGCGCUGUUUGGCCUGCACAUACAGAUCAGUGUUGGCGAGAACAUGCUCCUGGGUCUGGCUUCUGCUACAGGUGUGUACCUGACAGCUCUGCCUGCUCCAGGGGGUAUCCAGAUAGCAGGGAAGACUCCAGGAGACUUGAGCAGCGAGCAUAUAUCAUCCAUUCAGAAAAGGAUUAAUGACACCAUAGCUGUGAACAAAGAGCUCUAUCAAAUAAAUCCUCCGAAAUUAUUUGCCCUGGACCCUGAGGUGUUCUGCGGCAUAAACAUGGAGCUUGCAGAGGAAGGGGUGGGCUCUCCAAUCCCUGAGCCAAGGCAUCGAUCCAGACUUUUUCGCUCCCACUCGGAAAGCUCAGACGAGCUAUCAGAACUGGAUCUGUCCCACGGCAAAAAGGAUGCCUUCGUCCUGGAGAUUGAUGACACCGAUGCCGUGGAGGAUAUCCACUCCCUCCUGAUCGAUGCACCUCCCCCCACAGGUUUCUACAGCUGCAACACUGAAAAUAUGCCUGGGAUUUCUAACUGGACUUCAGGAGUACAGAUGUUUACAUCAGUGAGGGUUUUGAGGUUGAGCAAUGCCAAUCUUACUAACCAAGGCUUAAACAAGAUCUUUACUGACCUCUGUGAGAACCUGCUGAAGAGUUUUUACUUCAAGCUGCGCUCUAUGAUCCCCUGCUGUCUUUGUCAUCUCAACUUCACCGUAGCAGUGCCAGAAGAAGAGCUCAUACAGGUCACAGUGACAGCCGUUGCCAUGACCUAUGACAAGGAACAGACUCAGGAGAAGACAGCUGAGAAGCCCGUCAACAAAGGGAGCCUUGAGGCUGAAGAGCAGCUGCAGUUUCCCCUGGAAUUGUGUGCAGACUCGUCCUCUUCCAACAUUCAGACAGCAUCCAAAAUCUCAGGUGUCGGAGAAAGUACCAACAUGUCACCCAGAGCUGCCUCCGUUGAUUACGGUUCCUUUGCAGACAGAUGCAGCACCUGGCUAGAGCUGCUUAGGCUGAAAGCUCACACCAUAAGACGAGGAUCAGUUAAGACAAGUAGGAGGACACAGUCUCUAGCACACUCUGUCUCAUCUUUGGAGCGCUGCAGUCCGCUUCAAGAGGGACGUUCCCGCUCGCUGCGCUCCAGUCGCUCGUUUGGAGGCAGCUCGGUAACGGUGGUGAAGAUGACGCCGCUCUCCUUCCUUCCCGGGACACGCAUCAUUAAAUACCUUGGCAUUAUCAACAUGUUUUUUAUCAGAGAGACGACAUCAUUACGGGAGGAAGGCGGUGUCAGUGGCUUCCUUCACUCAUUCAUCGCGGAGGUGUUUGCGAUGGUUCGAGCCCAUGUAGCGGCCCUUGGCGGCAAUGCAGUUGUGUCUUACAGCAUGAAAGAAUGUGUGUUCAUGGAAAAUCCAAAUAAAAAUCAGGCUCAGUGUCUCAUAAAUGUAAGCGGUGAUGCGGUUAUCUGCAUCAGCGAAACAGACCAGGAGUCCUCAGCAUCUACGGCAAAUACUGGACAGACCGGUGGCGGUGAAACCGAUGGGGCUACAUGACAAUGACACUGGUCCCCAAUUCGUGCUCCAAGAAACACACACUAAGUCAACACACUUUAAGUCUAGCCGUCCAAAUCUGACUGACUUAUGUUUGCCUUAAAACUCUAUAAAAGAUCCAAAGGCUUGGACACAGCGAAUAAAGAACCAUUGCUCAA